AUGGCACCUCAAAGGUCUCAGGACGACGUUCAUAUUGAGGAUCUUCCUCGAAAACUCACUCUCUACAACUACAAAUGUGUAGCCUUUGCGGCUGUCGGCUCCAUCAUCUAUGGGUACUGCUUGUCUGCAGUGGCAACAACAUUGGGUCAACCUAGCUUCUACACGUAUAUGAACCUGCAAACGGACGAAUCAGUCGACAAGUCUGCCUACGAUUACAUGGUUGUUAUCCAAGGCUUAAGCACUUCCUUGUCGCAAGCUGGAGGGUUCUUUGGAUGUUUCUUCAAUUCGUGGACAGCAGACAGAUUCGGCCGCCUCAGGUCGUUUCAAAUCGCUAGCCUCAUUGUCAUCGUCGGGGGUGCCCUCACGGCGGGAUCGAUAAACAUUCCCAUGUUCCUCUUCUUUCGGUUCUUCGCCGGGUUUGGUGUCGGCAUGAUUUUGGUUCUGUUCCCAAUGUAUGCAGCGGAGCUCUCCCCACCACGAGCACGAGGCCUUCUUGUCGGUCAACAUGGACCUGGUCUUGCCAUUGGCUACAACAUCGCGGCUGCGGUCAGCUAUGGCUGCUACUUUGCAAAGGACGGAAACUUUGCUUGGCGCUUCCCCCUGGCCCUGCAGUGCCUCUUUCCCGCCAUCCUGUUCACCUUUUCGUUCUGGAUGCCGGAGAGCCCCCGAUGGCUCAUUUUGAAGGAUAACCUUGACGAAGCUCAGAGAAUCAUCACUCGCAUCCACCGGUCUCCCAGUGAUGAGGAUGACGCGUUCGCGCGCGCCGAGUUUGACCUGAUGGUGGCACAAAUUCAGCUCGAACGGCUAAAUAGUGGCGGUGCCGCAACCUCGUUUGUCGGUCGCUGGAAGUAUCUCUUCAGCAAGAAGUCAUACCUCCAUCGAUGCGCCCUUGGCUUUGGGAUCAUGUUUGGGAUCCAGGGCACAGGUGUCUUGGUCAUCAACAAUUUUCAAAUAAUCCUUUAUCCUGGUCUGGGAGUCGGUGCGGCUCUCUCGUUGGCGUUGUACUGGGUAUACUUGGCUAUUGCGUUUAUUGGCAACACCACUUCCUCGUUGAUAAUCGAUCGGUUAGGACGAAGAAGAUCCCUUCUCAUUGGUCUCGUGGGGUCUAUCAGCGCCCUCAUCGGAGAGACGGUCGCUUCGUCGUUUCUCCCGACGACCAACAAAGCCGUUCUUGUCACUGGAGUGUUUUUCAUUUUCUGGUACAUCCCUUGGUUUUCUUCCAUGGUCGAUGCAGUCAUGUACAUCUACAUGUCCGAGAUUUGGCCAUCCGAGGUUCGAUCAGAGGGGAUUGCAUUGUCUGUGUCUGGUCAAUGGCUCGCGUCCAUUGCGUUUCUACAGGCGUCACCCACGGGAUUCGCCAACUGCGGCUGGAAGUUUUACCUACUUUUUGUGUUUUGCACGGCCGCGAUGUGGCUCGUUGUGUAUUUCUACUACCCCGAAACCAAAAACAUCCCCAUGGAGGAGAUGGGACGAUUGUUUGGUGACGAGGUUGCCGGUACCCUCGAGGACGAACUCAAACACCAUGGUCACGCCGCGCAUGAAAAGGCAGCUCAAGCCACAGAACUCGAGUCCAAGUAA